UCGAAUCGGGAGGACACCAAUAUCCUAAUACUGCGAAGGCCCAAAUGUUUAUCAAUAGAUUGUGUCCUGAACUCUAUAUGGCAGUGUCUUCAUUAACCCCUAAUAUGUUAGAAGAUGCCUACGCUAGAGCAAAAGCCUUUGAAAAUACGUAUAGGAAUAAUCCGACGCAUAUGGCUUUUAUGGCCCAACCUAUAGGAUAUUCAACAUAUUUACCACAGGGAAUGGUUGGUACUCCAGGCAGUCCUAACACGAAUCUAGAGAUAAUUUGUUUUACUUGCGGACGACCUGGACAUAUUAGUCAGCAGUGUCCUAAUUCCCAGAAUAAUAAUAACAAUAAUCCCAAUCCACCUGUUCAACAACCACCUGUAAAUAAUACAAACAACACAAACGCCCAAGAGACCUUACAGGCUUUGUUCGCAUUGUUGAAUAAUCCAACCCCCAAUGGUCCCCAAAAUAACCAGCCUACAUAUUUAGGGAUUCAUGAGGAAGAUGAGCCCCUAUUUCUUCCAGCAGAACGACAUGAACGGAAAAGGCCCAUCACGAAUACUGUGUUAUUGCCGAAAAAGAAAAAUGUCGAAGGAAGAGAGGAUACCGUAGGGUUAGGCAAAACUGAAGAGAUUCCACCUCAAGAUGCCGAUAUGGAUAAUAGGAACGAGAUUGAGGACUUAGAUGAUGAUAAGAAGAAUGUUGGACUAAGAUGGAAAGUUAUUGAAGAAGAGUUGCCCCAAAUUUCCUCUUUGGUCCCUCCAUAUUCAAUUGUCGCCGAUAUUAGGGAUAAACCAGCUAAUAUCACUUAUGGACAAUUAUUAAGGGUGUCUCAAAAUAUGCGCCAGGAAUUAGCUCGUUCCUUACAGAAGAAGAGAACCGUCACAAGAAAGAUCCAUGAUAAGGAUAUUCCACUAAUAGUAGAUAGUGGAUCCUCAGGAAGCGUCGUCACUUCACACCUGUUACAAGAAUUGGGCAUAAGGAUUGAGCACCCAUCAGUAGUGAAUAUGAUUAAUAUUCAUGGAGAAAGUAAACGUGCGAUAGGGGAAAUUUCUAACUUCCCUUUUUCUGUGAGUGGAAUAGAAAUCUCCAUCGACGUUAUCGUUACUGACGCCACCUCUUACUGUGCCAUUGUUGGUAAUGAUUGGCUUGCUAAAGUUAAUGCCGCCAUCAACUGGAACUCAUCCGAUAUGACUAUCUAUUGGGAUGGUAAAGAGAUUACGGUGCCAGUUGAGUUUCGGAAGAUGACAAGAGCCCCGUUAGAAAAAGAAAGGACGGUGGAAUUGAUUUAUGCGUUAUCUGAAUUCGACAAAGGGGACGAUAAUACUGGAUACGAUGAUGACAGGGUAAGAAAAGGUUGUCAUGAAAAGAAACACAUAGGUGAUAAACGAAUGGAUCAACCUGGGAUUACAUGUAAUGUUAUUCAUAAAGAAGAUCAACGUAUAGCAGAUCUUUUUGAUUACUGCUAUGAAAAUGGAACCCCAGCGGAGGAGAACUAG